AUGGAGAACAAACAUGGUAAUACAGCCUUAUUUUUGGUCUCUUUAUGUCUUGGAGAUCUACCGUGGAAUGUUAGAACAAAGGUUUUCUUGACAUUCUUGCUUUACUUCAAGUUCGUGUUUAGUUAUGUCUCUCAGAAAUGGAUCAAAACUAGAGUUGACUCAAAUUGUGAAGCUGUGAAGCAGGGCUUGGACUACAUUGAGAGAGGUGAAAGAGUGAGCAAAGAAGACGUGGUUUUGGUGAUGGAAAAGCUAGGAAUGAAUGUUCAAUGUGAAUGUGAGGGGAUUGAGGAAUGUGGUGUACAAGAAAUUGGGGAAUUGUUUGAUGAAGAUGUUACCUUGUCAGAGGUAGAACAAGCCUUUGAUGUGUUUGACCAAAACAAAGAUGGGUUCAUAGAGGCAAGAGAGUUGCAAAGGGUGUUGUCCUCUUUGGGGUUAGGGAAAGAUUUGAUGGAAUGUCAGAAAAUGAUUAAUGCAGUUGAUGAAAAUGGUGAUGAACUGAUUGAUAGGACUGAGUUUGUGAGAAUCAUUGAACAGAGUUUUGGGUGA